UAUUAUCAAUUAAGAAAUGUAAAUAGUUUGUAAUGUAUUUCAUACAGUCUAUUUAAACAUGUAAUAUACAUGAUUAUAUAUUUUAAUUGUAUAAUGUUGAUGCAAUCAUGCAAUGCUAUCUGUAUUGUUUUUUCUCAUCUGUAUUGUUUUUUCUCAUCUAUAUUGUCACGAAGAAUCUUGCCUAUUCAUUUUAUUCAGUUUUGUGUUUCAUGUGUAAUUCAGUAGCAAAUAACUUUAUACUGUAAGUAUUAAUUUCAUAAGUUGUUGUAUAGCGGUAUAUAAUAAUUAAUCAGUUUUAAAACGACAAGUUGCGAAGAAGCUGCAAUUGUAAAAGAAAAAUUGAAAUUCUUAUAAUCUUCGGGUUCUUGUAAUCUUUGUUCCCAAACAAAAGUACUUGUUUAAAAUUACUAACAUUUAUUUGCUAUUGUGAUAUUAAUGAUAUUGCGAUACAAGUGUUGAUUACUGAUUAAAAGUAAAAUGUAAUGCCUAACGUUGAAGGUAAUUGGCGCGCAAUGGUUGGCGAUUCUGAAAGUUCGAGAUCUCGAUCAACGAGAGAGAAGGAAGUAUCCAUCUACACAUCCAUCCAUCGUACAGAGCCCCGUUGCAAGUCGGGAAACCGAACAUGUACGUACGUCGUAUAAGCGACGUAGAGUGUUGAAUGUGUCGAUUGCGUUUGGGGUUGGUUUGCACUUUUCGCGGUUGUAUGUGCGCGCAGCAACGUCGCGUGGUUAGUUAUUAAGGUGUUUGCAAAGCUUUUUAGUGUACAGUGACUUAGUGUUUAGUAGUGAGGUGAAAAGAGAAACUUAUUCUUUUCUUGGGACGCUCGCCAAUUGUGGAACUGCACGACUAUUGCGGCGUCGUUGUAAUAAACAGUCAGAUGAACUCUAAGUUCACACAGUGUAUCUGUGUGUGAAACAUCCAAUCGCGGAAUUCGCGGGCUAAGAUGCCCGACGUGGCUCUCGUGGAUAACAUCGGCAUCGAGCACAAGAUUAACGAAGCGGCGGACGACGAGGGGAGCGACGCUCGCUCCUGGUUUCCCGCGAAUACACCUCCGAUACCAUUUUUAUGUCUGCCCGCGCAUAUGGGUGAACAAUAUCUUGUAUUUUGAAAUAUCAAACAGUGUUUGCAAAUUGACUAGCAGUUUUGGAUAAACAUUGUAUUCGAUGUAGGAAGAUGAUUACCACUCAAGAUAACUCAACAUAAAAGCAACUAUAAUUUAUUACCGCACUAUUUUUUUUUUUUUUUCAUGUGCUCGUAACGGAGCAUGUUGUGCGCAAGAUUUUGAGGCGAAUGUUUAUGGUGCAAUUCAUAGAUCUGGAAGGACAUAUUAAUUAAAGCCCAGUAAAUGUUUUAUUUAGAAGAUUUAAUAAUAACUACGUUGUCUUUCGUAUUUACAUUAAUUAACAAUAGUAAUAUAUGUAUAUGAAUACACUAAAAGUGUUUUAAUUAAUCAAUAUAUGUAUUUUAAAUUUGAUGGACACAACAUGAAAGAAACAUAACUGCAAGGUGUCCAAAAAUUUAAAUAAGUCAUUCUGUUUUUUGGGGCAAUUGCAUAGCGCGCGUAUCUUAUACAGUGCUGCAUAUUAAUCAUGUUUCUUUCAAAAUAAAAUAAUAUCACUUGUUGUUGCUGCUUAUUAAAACUAUACUUCAAUGAAUACAAUAACUCUUUGUAUUAAUAUGUACACGAGUACUGCUAAAGUUUGAGGUGCUGUUGUUUCUGAGAACAGAAAGCAUAUAAGAUUUUAUAUCCAAUUUCAAUGCUGAUUUUGUGAAUGAACAUAGCUAAAGUACAUUUCUAAGAUGUGCGAACAAACAGAAAUUAAUUAUCUGGAUGGAGAUGUUGUUUGGGUGAAGCUAGGAGCUUGCUGGUGGCCAGGGCAAGUUACUGGAUUUCAUAAUUUACCUGAAGAUAUUCAAGUUGAAUUUCAGAAAAAGCCUUUAAUAGCUGCUGUAAAGUUCUUUCAAGAAGACACAUAUGAAUUUGUCAAAAACUAUCAACAGAUUUAUAAAUAUAAUUGUACCUUAAAAGAUGAUUUCAUCAAAAAAGGACUAGAUAAGUAUAGGAGCAAAAGUAAGGAUGGCUCUAGAUAUAUGGAUAAAUUUCCUGGAGAUGUAGAAAUGGCUGAGAAGUUAACAGGAGGUGAUCCUGAUAUACUAAGCCAUGAUAAAUUUUGUCCAGAGGAGAAGCCAAAUAUAUCAGCUUUGUUUGGAGAUAAGAAAAUUCCUAAAAGAAAACGGGAACGUGAAGAAAUUAGCAGAAGAAGCGAUAGCAUCGAUGUCGUACGAAAAAUCACUCAUCCUCGAUUUUUGAAAGAAAGCGAUCACGAAGUUCGAAUUCGUCAACAACCUAGUAGUUUGCCAUCUACACCAAACAGUAGUGGUACUCCGCAAUAUCCUUGUCAUUUGUGUAAUUUUACUUCUUCUCGCGUUAAUGUUAUUAUUUGUCAUAUAAAGAGUCAUAGGUCUGGUGGUGAUACUCCGUCAUCAAAAUCAAAAGUAAAAACUUAUUCUCAAUAUAGAAGCAGGUAUUCAGAUGUAGAUACUCCUAAACGAAAAUAUCCAAGAAAGGAAAAAAGUCAAUCAACUAAAAGUAGAAGUAGUAGCGAAUCUGGUAAAAGAAAACAAAGUAAACAAAAUGAAAAAGCUGCUAAAAAGAAGAAGACGGAUCCUCAAAUUCGUGAUACCAUAUUAGCAGAUUGGGAAGAUGAAUCAGAUGAAGACAUUAGUCUUACUCCUGAUAAAUCGGCUGAUUUAUCAAGUGUACAUAAUUCAUCAACAGAAACUCGAUUCGAUCUUGAUGACUCUAAGGAAGACUCUAAUGAAAAGGAUAAUACAGUAUCAGAUACCAAUGAACUUAUUGCGGAAAGCGAAAAAUUACUUGAAGAAACUGAAAAGUUAACAACAAUUAAUGUAUUAGAGGAAUCUAUGACUAAUAGUAGCUCGACAAACUUCAAAUCAAAACUUGAUAAACAAUUAGAAUCAGAAAAAGAUGACAAAAUAUUUGAUGCUGAGAGUAAUGAACCCAUUAAAAACUCGCAGAAGGACAGAGAAGUUGCAGUUGAUAAUGAUAAUAAACUUAACACAUCAGACAAAGAGGAUAAAAAAGCAUUACUAUCUUGUUUUGAUUUUCAUGAAGAGGAACUGUCUAUACCUCCCGUAAGAAAAAAAGCACGUGCAUUUAAUCAGAAAAAAGAGAUUAUAAAAGAAUUCGAAAUGAGUCAAGCUUUAAAAACGGAGCAAGAGAAACAGAUUGAAAAUGAUAAAAUCGAGAGUGAAGAUUGUAACAGUAGUUCAAAAGAAUCUGAAAAGUCAGAAACACAGGCUUCAAGUGAACAAGAAACACCUGAAGAAAGUAAUAAAGUUGUAGAUAAUGAUGCAAAUAAAGAAAUGAACAAUGAUAUUGAAGAUACAAAAGAAAAAAUUAAAUCUGAGAAAGUAGCAGAAGAUGUACGAAAAUCUAGUACUAAUACUGGUGAAACGGAAUUAGAAAUUGUAGAAAUAUUCGAAGUUGGAAAGGUAGAGGUUGAUAAUGCAAAUACAGCCAAUGAUCAUAAAAAUGUUGAAGUACAAGAUUCUGAUGUUAAAAAUGUUAGCAAAGAGCUAACCGAAAAUGAUGAAUUAAAGGAACAAAAUAAAUCAGCUGAUCAUCAACAAACAGAAACUAAAGAUACAAUUACUGUUGAUACUAAUGUAGAAUCUGUGGAACAAAAACCUUCAAAAGAAAUGGAAGAAAUUUUGCCUGAACGAUUUACAGUAGAAACAGAAGAUGAAACUGUUUCUGAACCGGCUGAUAUACCUCCGGAACAAAGUGAAAAUUCAGACGCAGAUAUGUUAGAUCAGGAUCAAGUGCCUAAUUCAGAUGCUACAAAUAUUACAUUAAGUAGCGAUCAGUCAAAUGCUACUUUGCAAGUUCGUAGGCGUAGGGGAAGACCAAGAAAAUCCGAAUUACUUCGUGCUAAUUCCAGUGGAAAUACUAGUGGAAAUGAAAGUCCAAGAAUAAGAGAACAAAUCAGUGCAGAGAUGUUUGAAAAAUUUGAAUUGGAAAGAAGAGCUUCAGAAUCUGAUAGUGAACGUUCCAGCAGUGGCCGGAAACGGAAACCAAACAAAAAAUAUAUAGAAUCAAAUAUAUAUGUACCAGACGUGGAUCAAAAGGUAUACAAGACUGAUGAAAGUCAGUCUGAAAGUGAAGAUAAAGGUUACAAAAAUGUAAAAGUUAAAUCAAAAAGAGGUAGAAAGCCUGCAGAAAUUGACAAAAAAACAAAUGAAAAUACUGAUCUUAUGCAAGAAAAGGAGUUAGAAAUCUCUUGUAAUAUACUAGAUACAACAGGGAAUAAUGUCGAUUCUGCAAGCACAGAAUUAAAGGAUGAUUUAGCUGAAACCAGUGCAAGUAAAAACCAACAAUUUGUAGAUGUAGACACAAAAGUUACUGACACUUCAAUUCCCACUGAAAUUUCGGAGAAAUUGGAAGUAUCUUCAGAAGAAAAAGUUUUGUCGGAGAAAUCUGAUACAUCCGUUCUUCUCGAAGAUACAAUAACUAAAGAAACAGAAGAUAGCGCUGUUAAAACUCAGGGUACAUCACUUGAAGUUGAAAAAAUAACAGACGAUAAAAUGGAAACUGAAAGUACAAUAAUACAAAGCGAUCUUCUUCAAGAAAACUUAAAAGAUUUAGAAACAGAAUCUUUGGGUACAGAUCAGCCGGAAGUUUCAUCAGAGAAAGAAGUAUUAGAUCCUUCAAAAAUCAUUGAUAUGCUUCCUCCUAAAAAAUCUCAAAUAAAAAAGUUUGAAUUAUCACAGAUAGAUUUGUUUGAUACUGAUAAUUCUGAAAAUAAAAUUUCUAUAAGUUCUGGAUCAGAUGAUACAAAAGAAAAGUUAGAAGAAUCAAAUACCGAAGUAGUCGAAGCUAGUACAAGUUUAGAAGAAGGUAGUUCCUUAAUCCUGAAAGGAAAUCUAUCUUCAGAAAAACUUGAAACGGACACAAAAAAUGAGGAAAUUGUAAAAGACACAAAGAAAGUAGAAGAAAAGAAGAAGGUACAAACUAAAGAAAAAUCUGUAGUAAUAAGCCAAGAAGUCCCUCAAACGAAAGUAAAAACAAUUACAAAAGAACAAGAAUCUAAAUCAGAAAAGUUCGAUCAUACAUUUAAAGAGCUCACCAGUACUGUAAGUGAGCAGCAAAUUCAAAAUAAAACACCCGUGCAUACAAGAUACAAAGGAAAGUGUGCGCCGGAGGUAGGUACUAUAUUAAAAAAGAGUAAAGGUCCGGUUCCUGAGGAAAAGUCAACAAAUACAUUCCAGGAAGCUUUCUUAAAAACUUUACACAUGGAUAAGAGAAAAGGUUCAGAUGAUCUUGAUACACCUGAAAAAGGGAAAAGGGGUAAAAAAUUGACGAAGAAAAAAUCUGAAGAAAAUACGAAAACUGAAGAAUCAAAUACAGCAGGAAAUUUGUCUAAUCUUUCAUCUCAGGACAAUUCACAGGUCACCCUUAUGAGCAAUUUUGGAGGCAUAGAAGUAGUAGUUGAUCAGAAUCUCGAAAUCGGUACAAAAGUAGAUGAUAUUAUACUUCAAAAUGUUGAUGACCUUAUACCUAAAACAUUGAUACAAACGUCUUCUGGUGAAGAUAAUUCUAAAUCCAUUACUUUAGACAUACAGAAGUUAGAUGAGUCCUCAAGAAUGUCAGCUUCUACACCUUCACCAUCAUCUGAUGUUACUGUGCCGGUAAAAAAGCGCGAAAUGCCAAGAAUAAUUGAAAAUGUUACAUUAACUGAACCUAUGCAGAUUUUAAAAUCAAAAUUAUUGGAUAAAUUACCACAGAAAGGAGUAAAACACAAAUUAGAAACAGAUAGUACAAAAAAAGGAGAUCAAAAAGGUACUCCAAAGACAAAAGUAAUGAAAAUUGAAUCUUUAUCUCCAAGCACCAAGAUGAAAACAAGUUCAAAGAUUACAUCUCCAAAUUUGUCGUUGACUAAAAAAUUACAAGUUUUAAAGGCUGAAGAAGCAGAAACAACUACAAUGUUAGAAGCACAAAAUGAACAGCUAAAAACAUUAAAAACUUCUCCCACAGCUACUACAAGUGAGAAAUACAUUCAACAAAGUUCGCAUAGUUUGGCAGAUAUGGAAUUAGAUAUAAAUUCAAUGCCAUUUGUUUUAAGCGAAGAUGUUUUAACUCCAGAGAAUAUUGAACAAAUGCCUGUCGUUAUAUCCUCUAUCAUACCUGCAUCAAGUACAGUCUCAGCAACAUUGUCUUUUACACCACCUACACAAAUGGUAUCGACAGCUCAAAGUCAAUUCAAAUUGAACGAAAAUGCAGGUGAAACAUCGCCCUCAAAGAAAAAAAGUGGUACUCCUGCAAUUCUGAAAACUAAAAAUAAAGGAAAACCAACAAUUACGAGCAUAAAAACGUUAGUACCGCCUCUUACUGGUGGUGUAAAAGGUAUUAAAUUCCAAAGUACACCAGCAACAAGCAAAGUUCCACCACUUUUGACACAAAAGAGUACGCCAGGAAAAUACGUCGUUGUACAAACCUCUGGGGGACAACAAUUACGUUAUAGUGUACAGGGAAAAAGUGGUACACAACAAAAAAUUGCCAUACCAACUGGUAAAAGUGCUGGAAAUGCACAAGUAGUUCAGCAAGGUGGCAAAGUAGUUAUAUUAACAUCAGCCCAGUCAGGUCAAUCCAAGAUGUUACCUUUAAGUAUCUCCAAAACAUUAAGUGGCAAAGUUCAAAGAAUUAUGACGAAUAAAGGUCAAGUAUUUUGUCCAAUUAAUACACAGGGUAUUAUAAAUCCAUCAAAAACAAUCAUUGCUCCCAAAGGUGAUAGUGCUUCACCAACAACAUCUAAACUUCCUGCAGGACAUAAAAUUAUCAACACCCAAGGUAUAAUAACAUCGAAAGGAGUACUAACCCCUAUUUCAGGGACAAUUGCAAAGACUGCUCUAUUAGGAACACUAUCUCAAGGAAUUUUAACGAAAGGUGGAGUUUAUACACCAAUAAGCACUUCCUCUUUGGGUGGAAAAGCUAUUAUUGGAUCGAAGACUUUGGUUACAAAAAGUGGAACCAUUUUAUCUUCACAAAAUUUAGGUACUACUAAAACUAUUUUAACUCCUAUAUCGCAAGCAAUUAGUGGAAGAACGAUUCUAAGUGCUCAAGGUAUUGUAAGUACUAAAGGUACAGUUUUGACUCCGAUAACGGGGCAACAAGUAAAAGCUAUUGCAGCAAAAAGUCCAUCCAAAAGCAGUAAGAUACAGUAUCAAUCUGUACAACAGAAAAUGCAACUACCUGUGUUACAAAAGUCUCAAAAGAUUCCAGGAUCUUCUUCUCAAGGAAAAUCUGGGCAAGUAAAAAGUGGAAGUAGUACAGUGGUAUUACAAAACGCUGUUCCCACGCAAAAGACUGUGCAACAAGGCAAGAAAAUAAUGAAACAAACAGUUGUACAGCAAGGAUCUAUCCAAGGUAUCGCAUCUCAAAGUAGUACUCAACAGGCAGUAGGUGUAAAUCCACAGAUUCAGCAAAAAGGAAAAACUGGAUCUCAAUCGUCUAUGCAAAAAGUCAUUAUUCCUCGUGGUAGCCGACAAACAAAAGCACAACAAAGGAUUGUUGUUCAGAAAGUUCAAGAACCUACGAUUACGACUAUGCAGAAUGUUCACUCGAAACAAACGGUUUCAGUACCAUUGACGAGCGUUUCGAACAUAUCUAAAACGACAAUACAGCCGAAGCAAGCAACUAAUAAUACUGCAAGUACAAAAGUUGUUACAAAAGGUAAUGUAAUUAAUAAAAAUACUCAGCUACAGAAAAACUUGUUGAAUGCUGCCAUGAAUUCAGUAACUACGACUAAUGUGAACACAAAUCUUCCUACACCUUUGCCUCUUCCGCCAUUGGAACCUGUUGAAUCAGAAAGAAAAUCAAAAUUAGAGAAUGUACUCGUUGAAUCGAUUCAGAAAGAACAAUCUAUAAAAAUGGAAAAACUUAACGUUGAAAAAGGCAGCGAGAUGGAGAAAAUAGAGGAACCAAAAAUAACAUCACAGCCCCAAAUAAUGGCUUUGCCUACGGAAAGCAGCGACGGGACACAGACUUAUGUUUUAGUGACGAUCGAUGAACAAGGACAAAUACAGCCACUUGAUAACAAUACUCUUAUGUCAUUAGAGGGUACUACACAAAAUCCAGAUGGCACGAGAACUUUGUAUAUAGAUCCUAGUUCAUUAGGAGAAGCAGGCACAUUAGAUAAUAUUGUUCUACAAUUUGAUAAUGGUGUUUUGCCAAAUAUACAGACCAGUGCUACAGAAACUACACAAGCAAUUAUAUCAGAAACUUUCCCUACUUCAGAAGUAAUGCAAACGUCAAAUCAAGAUAUUUUAGCAGCUGCUUUGGCGAACACGGAUUUCCAGCAAGAAAUUGGCUUAACAGAAAAUACCGCAGCCAGCGUAAUGACCACUGGCUUAACGCAAACAAGUUUAAUCAAUCAGACUAUUUUACAGUCUACUAUUAUCCCUCCUACCGAACCAAUAUCUUCUGCUUCUGUGCUUGAAACGUCAUUGACUUUAAAUCAACCUAUAAUGACGCCCUUAGAAGUGCCUAGCAAUUUGCCAGUACAAUCAGAAUCAGUUCCAACUUCUGUUGCAAGUAUACCAUCUUCUCUUGAAUUACCGAUAACAAUCACCAAUCCAAAUAUUUCCUACAUCACAACUGGUGAAGCACAAAUUCAGAUUCCUGGUAAUUCUAUGCCAGAUAUUGGAGAAAUAAUAGAAAAUCCAAGUACAGCUGAAAUUUCACAAAUAGAAAUUCCUGCUAGCACACAGUAUCUCGUAUUACCUAAUUUGGAAGAUAACAUCGCUAUAGAAACGCAGACCGUACAAAGCAAUGCUGUUUCAAUGCCUAGCGUCUCUUAUUCGGUUUCAAUACCAAAUAGUAUAGAAUUACAAACUUCACAAGUUCAGACCACUCCUUCGAUGCCAAUAAUAGAUGAUACUUAUGCUGAAAAUGUGCAAUUUACUUCGACUAUAGAAUCAUCGAUAACAUCAGAACAAACUUUUGUAGAUGUAUCUGUUUCUGACAUGCUUGCUUCAAAACCUGCGGUUUCUACAGAAAGUAGAAAAUCGCAAGAUACAACUGUAACGUCAGAAAUGAUGGUAUCUCAUGUAUCUUCUGAAGAAACUAUUGUAUCAACAAAUGAACCCUCCAUCUUAAGCGAAGAGCAAGAUACAACAACGAUGUCUUUGCAAGAAGUGCACUCCUUUGAAGAAGUUUCCAUUAAAUCAGAAGAAGAUAUUGUUUCAAAAAACACGGUUGUUAAAGAAGAUAGUGGUUUAAAUGUGAAAAUGGAUAAUCAAACUGAAGAAGUUAGCAAUAAUGAUAACACAGUAGACGUGGAAAUGGCGGAGCAACCAGAUGAUACAAUGACGAGUAAUUUAUCAAUAGUUGGUGAUAGUUCUUUAAUUACAUCUGAAUCUGAUGUAAAGAUGUCAUCUGUAGAACAUGCAAGCUUUGAUGUUUCUGAUUCCAAUGAAAUAAAUACAAAUACUUCACAAGAAUCAGAUAGUAUAAAGAAGCUUGAACAAUUAUGUUUUGGCGAACAAUCCAGCAGCAAAGUCCAUUCUCCCGUAUCUGAAGAACAAACAGCCACGUCUAACGAGGUAGAAGUUACUCAAGAAGUAGUAGAAAGUUUGCCUGCAGAAUCAUUAAACCGGGUAGACGAACAUAGUAUGGAUGUAGACGAAGCUCCUGAGUCUAAAGAGUGUGCGGCGAGUACAAUGAAGGAAUCGGAAGACUGUCAAAGGGACGAACCAUCGUCUCAGGGUGAAUCAGAUUUAGUUCAAAGAAAUCUGGAGUUAGAUUUUGAAGAAACUAAUGCAGAGACUAGUCAUGAAACGCCAUCACAAUCGUACGAGCAGUUUGGGAUAGCAGUAACUACCGAUUCCACUGAUUUACCUAGUCAGUCUGCUACGAAAUCAGAAAAUUCGCGAGAACCUUCGCAAUCGAUAACUUAUGAACCUAUGGAGACAGACGAAGAAUCAGUUGUAACUGAACCCCCGAGUCAGUCGUUUGAACAUUCAAAGGUGAACGAAGCUUCCCAAUCGUAUGAAACUUCAGCGGAAGCAAAUAUAAACGCGCCUACGCAGUCGUUCAAUGAACUUAUGCAAAGCCAAGAAGAAAGAACAACUGUCGAUGAAACGAUCGACGAUCAGACGUUCCCAACACAGAGUUACGAAGUCGGUAAACCAGAUAACGUUCCAGAGAAUCUAGAAACAGACGCUGAAAUUAGUCAAGAGGGAAACAUGCCGUCUCAGUCUAAUGAUAUUGGUACCGACGGUAUUGGUACUUCCUCAUUUUCUACAAAUAACACUGGGCUUAACGAAGACGAGACUGCAAGUUCGUCUUAUGUUCCCGAAACUCCUGAGAAUCAGGAAAGAGAUCCUGAUCAAGAAAGUGCAAUAAGUACAUCAUCUUGUGAAAUACCACCUUGCGCUGAAUUGAACAUCGCAUCAUCCAGCGCAGAACAUACAAGUAUCCAUGACAAUGGAGUACCUGAAAUACCUACAUCUUCGUAUAAUUUAAAUCCAGAUAUCACUUCAACUCACGUGGAUUCUGUACCAACCUCCAGUUAUGAAGAGCAAAACGUAUCAACUUCUUAUGAGGUGCCAAUUUCGAUGCCUGGCCUAGAAGAAACUCCCUCGCAGAAUUUUGUUACUGAAAGUACAGAUCAUAGGAAUGAGCCUUCUAGUUAUACACACCAAGAGGUAACAGCAAGUUACUAUGAUUCAGUAGAGCAAGAAACAAAUUCUAGGUUGGAUGAAGAUCCACAAGAGGAGGUUACUCCUAGUUAUUAUGACGGUAAUCCGCAUGAAGCGAGUCAAAGCUACUUUACUCCUGAAGAAGCUACACCAAGUUAUUCCAGUCAUAAUGUUUCUCCCAGUUAUUAUGGCCACAGACCAGAAACUGAAGCAAGUCAAAGCUAUUACUCUGCAAGUGACAUUGAGAAAACAGAACAAUCAUCUUCACAAAAUACUGAGGCAUCGCAAAGCUUUUAUCAGGAGCAGACAGAUGAAUUAAAGUUAACACAACAGGGAGAAGCUACUCCAACUUAUACAGAAAGAUAUCCAGUUGAUUAUACAUUGGAGAGUUCUCCAAUGGAAAGGCACGAUCUUGUAGAAAGUUCAGUACCAGCCACCAGGCCUACAGAGAGGUAAUAUAUUAUGAUGAAAAAUAGCAUUGUGCUAUGAGGUAAAUCCUUGUUUUCAUAGACUAAUAGACAUUACAGCCAUGAAUAGAUAAACUCAUCUAUUUUCAAGUGUACAUAUAAUGUUAAUAUGAUAAGUAAUUAGCUGUAAGGGUAAAAUUAGAUUCGUAUUAUAAUUUAUAUCUAUAUAAAUAAAAUAUAAAUAAAUAUUACUAAAUGUGUGUGAUGUAUACAUAUAUGUAUCAAUUGUGGAUGCAAUCCAUAAACUUUGGUAAGCAGUGUAAUUAUAAAAAAAGUAUAGUUUCAUUAUGAAAACAUUAUAAUUCUAUUAUAUUCAUCUUGUUUGAUACUUUGAAACGAUGUCAAUCGUAUACUUUUUUUUUUUCUUUUUCUUCGAACUGAACACAUCAAUGCUUUGGCAUAUGGAAAAUUAUUAUUUAAACACAAGAUAUAUACAAUAUGUAUAUUGUAAAAGUUUGGUAUGGGUGAUUGGAGUAGUAGUAACAGCUGCAAAUCGACGUAUUUCGUUAUGUAACGGUUAGAGCAACAAUAUGUACACAUGAUUAAUAAUCUUUCAGUUGAAUGGACAAACACAUAAAAUCAUUGUAGAAUAAUUGUACAUUAUCAUGAUUUCUUACUACAAAUAAUUAAGACCGUGCAAAACUAAAAACUUGACUACUACUCCUUCAUGAGAAGUUGUAGUACGCGAUUUUUAAAUGAUUGUAUAAAAAUGAAUGCACAAUAUAUCUUCAAUAAGGUACUAUUAACGUACGACCCAAAAAAUUUGUAAAAUUCAGGAGAAGACUAUUUGGGCUAUUUGAAGACUUAAUUUUUCAAAUAAGGUUUCUGUUCUUUUCGCUCAUGAACUACCUGCUGAUUGAAAUUUUUGAUGUUAUAGUCACAGGUAUAAACGGUUGAGCGGAUCAAGGCUUGAGUUAUUACAUACAUAGUGUUUAUUUUGUAAGUAAUAGUUUACAUUUAUGAGAAAUAAAGAAGUCUAUUAUUUCAACUAUAAUAAUGUGUAAUUUGUGUGCUUAUAAAAUGUAAAGAAUAGAAGAGUUUAAUGGAAAAUCUGUCAUGUUUGAAAUAUAUUUAUACUUGGAUGAAAGUAAUUUUAGAAGGAAUAUCGAUACAGUUAUAAGGGUGGACCAUCUCAAUAAAAUGAAAUAAUUUGUUUUUAUGAAAUAUUAUAUAUUUUGCACCAUACAUAUAAUGUAUGAGUAGAAUAAGCAUUUGUAUGCUUUUCCCUUUUUAAUGAAAUUUAAAACAAAGAAUCAUAUUUUAAAAAGCUUUAUAAAUUUCAAACAAGACAGAUUUAUUAAUAUAUUCUAAUAAAAAUGGUUAUAUUAUAUUCUUUAUAAGCUCAUGUUAUUAAGAAUAAAUUUGUUUUUAUUUCUUGUAGCGUUUUCAAUUAUGUUCAAGGAUGUAUAUAUUAUGUUAUUUUAUUUGAGAAAUAAAAUUAAUAUACACAUGUCACAAUUAGAAAAUUACAAAUUUGGUAAAAUAUUUUGGAAGAAUUUUAGUCUGAUAAAUUUUUAAAGAUGGACUGAAUUGUUAAUAUUCUUCAACUACUCUUUGGAUUCAAUUGAUAUAAACGUGUACAUACAUAUAUCUUCCAUCUUAAGAAGUUAUACUAUAAAAAUUUCUGUACCUAUAAAUAGUAUGUAAUACUCUGAAAUGGGAAAAAAUAUACAUAGCUACAUUUUCUAUUACAACUUUCUAGUACAAUCGUAAGUUGGUAUAUAUGUAUUACUUUAUUAAGGUAAUCAAAUCUAAAUAAGUGACAUAAAGUGAUAUCAAUUAAAAUAGCAGUACUGUGUUCUUACAUCAAUAACAAUUUGAUAUUUUCAUCACUAACAACAUUAUCUUUUUAUUUCUACAGUGUGCGACAUACACGAUUGUAACUAAGAGAUAAAAUAAAUACAUGAAUAUUUACAUAACAAAUUA